ACGUGUGACGCUUUCAUUCCCGGCUCAGUAAUAUUCUCAUAGCGGGGCUUUGCAUAUCUCCUGCCGUAUCUGUGUGUGUCUGUCACUGUUACUGUAGUCCCAGCCUAUAGUUUGAAAUAGAUAUGGAAGGAGACGGGAGUCAAGCCACAUCCGGAAGCCUAAAUGAUUCACAACAUGACCCGGGUAAAAUGUUUAUCGGUGGCCUCAGCUGGCAAACCUCACCAGACAGCCUUAGAGACUAUUUUAGUAAAUUCGGAGAAAUAAGAGAAUGUAUGGUGAUGAGAGACCCCACGACAAAACGCUCAAGAGGAUUUGGGUUUGUUACGUUUACAGAUGCUGCCAGUGUAGAUAAAGUCUUAGCUCAACAACACCACGAAUUAGACUCAAAGACGAUUGAUCCUAAGGUUGCCUUUCCACGUCGCGCCCAGCCUAAGAUGGUCACAAGAACAAAGAAAAUAUUUGUGGGUGGCUUGUCAGCUAAUACAGUAGUGGAAGACGUGAAGCAGUAUUUUGAACAGUUUGGGAAGGUUGACGAUGCCAUGCUUAUGUUUGAUAAGACUACUAACAGACAUAGAGGAUUUGGUUUCAUAACUUUUGAGAGUGAAGACAUCGUAGAGAAAGUCUGUGAAAUUCAUUUUCAUGAAAUCAAUAACAAAAUGGUAGAAUGUAAGAAGGCCCAGCCCAAGGAGGUGAUGUUCCCACCAGGUACGCGAGGGCGAGCCAGGGGUCUGCCCUACACCAUGGAUGCCUUCAUGCUGGGGAUGGGCAUGCUGAGUUACCCUAAUAUUGUGGCAACAUAUGGCCGCGGAUACACUGGAUUCGCACCCAGCUACAGCUACCAGUUCCCUGGCUUCCCAGCGACAGCGUACGGACCGGUGGCAGCAGCGGCGGUAGCAGCAGCGCGUGGCUCAGGUAGGGGGGCCCGUGGAAGAGGCGGCUACUUGGCGUACCCACAGAGCACAGGGCCAGGCCUCCCCGAUUAUGGGUUUUACUCUGCGCCCAGUGACCAGAGGGGGGGGCCCUGCUCCUUUGCUGACUAUGGCUCCCUGGGGCCCCAAGCGGCUCAGAUGCUGCACAGUGAGCAUGCCACCUCCGCCUGCAACUCCCCCCUCCAGCACCUACACAGCCCGGAUCAAUUUAAGAACCCAGGCACCAACCCGUCAAGGCCCGGAGGUUUCCCUGGUGCUAACAGUCCAGGGCCCGUGGCUGACCUGUACGGACCUAGCAGCCAGGAUUCGGCUGUGGGCAACUACAUCAGUGCUGCUAGUCCUCAGCCUGGCUCUGGGUUUGGCCCCAGCAUCACAGGGUCCAGAGUGGGGUGCCUGACGGGCCAGUGUUGCCAACUUGGCGACUUUGUCGCUAUAUGUAGCGACUUUUCCGACACUCUCGGCAACUGUAUUUCUAAAAAGUGACAAAUUGAUUGACUGACUUAUACACACUAUCAGGGAAAAAGAGAGGUGUAUAUAGUAUUUUAUAACCAUGCAUGCUGCUCAGAGAAAUUGCAGUCCAUGGCUCUUUCACUAUCAGCGUGGGGUCUCUUUCUUUCUCCUCUUGUACCGUGCAGUAGGUGUGUGACAAGCAGGAGGAGAGAAGACGCUGCUCGCCGUGGGAGUUCAGUUAUAGCAAGUUUCUAUGGUUAAGGUGAAGCUCUUGCUUUCUGUAUUGGAAAUGCACGAAAGAAUUGCACUGUAGAAUAAGCGCCAAAGCUCUCCUACCAUGUCAAUGUUAUGUCAAGAAUUUUUGUGUUGAAUCUAAUUCAGUGAGUCUUUAAUGCUUCCAUUAAUGCGCAACGAUUUCUAGGGACUUUUGGAGCUGGUGCUAGCUAUUUUUGAGGAAAAGAGUCUCCGCGCUGGCAGCAUUACAUAUGUGUAAGUCCAACGGGACGGUCUAGCAGGGAUUGGGGGGAACUCAACUGUCUUUUAGAGAUCAUGAGCCUCCUGUCCUGCCUUACUUAUGCAUCCAGGA